UAGAUGGUGUAUGAUGUUAUAGUAGGAUCCUGCAUCACAGACGAAGACACCCAGCAUUCUGCCCAACAUCCUGACACACAUCGGAAACACGCCACUGGUUCGCAUCAACAAGAUUCCCAAAAUGUUCGGGGUGAAGUGUGAGAUCUUGGCUAAGUGCGAGUUCUUUAAUGCUGGAGGCAGUGUGAAGGAUCGCAUCGCCAUCCGUAUGGUGGAGGACGCUGAGAGAGAUGGCAUCCUCAAACCUGGAGACACUAUCAUUGAGCCUACUUCUGGAAACACAGGUAUCGGCCUGGCCCUGGUUGCAGCAGUAAAAGGUUACCGCUGUAUCAUCGUCAUGCCUGAGAAAAUGAGCAUGGAGAAGGUGGACGUGCUGCACGGUCUCGGGGCCAAGAUCGUCCGGACUCCGACCGAUGCUCGUUUUGACUCUCCGGAGUCUCACGUGGGCGUGUCCUGGCGCCUGAAGAAUGAGAUCCCCAACUCCUACAUUCUGAAUCAGUACCGUAACCCCAGCAACCCGCUGGCUCACUACGACAACAUGGCCGAGGAGAUCCUAGAGCAGUGCAACGGUAAAAUAGACAUGCUGGUGGCCGGAGCUGGAACAGGUGGCACCAUCACUGGCGUCGCACGCAAGCUGAAGGAAAAAUGCCCAAAGAUCCAGAUUAUUGGCGUGGACCCCAUGGGCUCAACCCUAGCAGAGCCAGAGCAAAUGAAUAAGACCGAUAACAGUCAGUACGAGAUGGAGGGAAUCGGACACGACUUCAUCCCCACUGUGUUGGACAGAUCUGUGAUCGACGGUUGGUGCAAGACCAGGGACGAGGAGUCCUUCAACAUGUCACGCAUGCUCAUCAAACUGGAAGGACUGCUGUGUGGUGGUAGUUCAGGAUCAGCCAUGGUUGCAGCAAUGAAGAUGGCGAAGGAGCUGAAGGAAGAUCAGCGCUGUGUGGUCAUUCUGCCCGAUUCGAUACGGAACUACAUGACUAAAUUCCUCAGCGACAAGUGGAUGUGUGAAAAAGGCUUCCUGAGAGAGGAGGACCUGAUGAUCAACAAACCAUGGUGGUGGAAUCUGACUCUACAGGAGCUGCAACUCUCUGCUCCUCUAACAGUUCUUCCAUCAGUCAGCAUUAAAAACACCAUUAAGAUCCUGAAGGACAAGGCGUUCGACCAGGCGCCAGUAGUCGAGGACAACGGAAUGAUCAUGGGGAUAGUCACACUGGGUAACAUGCUGUCCUCUGUACUCGCUGGGAAGGUCAGUCCUUCUGACCCUGUCAACAAAGUCCUGUAUAAGCAGUUCAAACAGGUUCAUCUUACAGAUAAACUGGGUAAACUCUCCAGGAUCCUAGAAACAGACCACUUCGCCCUGGUGGUUCACAAUCAGAUCCAGUACCUGACAGACGGCUCGUCACUUCUGAAGAAGAUGGUGUUUGGCAUCAUCACGGCAAUAGACCUACUGAACUUUGUGACCACUCGUGAGAGGAGAGAGCGCUCGUUGUCUGAGUGCUCGCUCCCCGACGACAUGUAGCCGAUCUCUGACACACACACACAUACACACACACACACACACACACACACACACACACUUUGUUUAACAUAUGUGAGAGUAAACAUUACAUAUUUUUCUAUUUUAUUGUGUUUCUUUUUCCUUCUCAUGUAAAUACACGUUUAUGAGCUUAAAGGUGCCGUCUGCAAUCUGUUUAAACAGAUUUCUACACCUGUUGUACAUCUACACUUAAGAAUUUUCACAGUUUUCUGGGACAGAAAUGAAGUCCAACCCCAGUCAGAUCACUGAAGCUCAUCUCUGCCUCUUUUUUCCCUUAAAAGAAAACCUUGAAUAUUGUUGUUGAUUUUUUUCAGUGUUUUCAAUGCAGUAGAAGAAUGUCAGUGUUACACUCUGCUCCUUUAAUGACUCACGGACGUCAUCUGUGCUCUUUAAACUCGUUUUAUUCACAAUGCAGUAAAGAUGAAACUGUUUUUUACUUUUUGAGCUUUGUGUAUACUUGAAGUAAAACAGAGGGAAGGUUUAUCAGAACUUUCAAAAUGAACACAGCUGCUACUUUCUGUUUUUUUUUCUUUCUCUAUGAAGCUCGACCGCCACCUUGUGGCCACAUGCAGAAGAGCAGUCUUCAUUACAGAAGAUACGAAGAAUAAAAAUAGUAUAGAAUUUACAUAUACAUUUAUGCCAUUUGGCAG